AGGAAUCUCAGAGUGUCACCAUGCAUUACCUGAGUAGGUAUCAACAGGUCCCCAGGGAAUGACCUUGGGGCACAGAACAGGGCAGGGAGAAGCAAGUGCAUGGGCAGGAGGCAGCGGUGCUGCAGGGCUGGCACCUUUCUCGCCCUGCUCCUGGCAGCAUCCUGGAGGAGAUGGACAGGGCAUCAGCACCCUGGCCCAGGGUGUGCUGUGGGCACAGCAGCCAGUGCACGGCUGGGGAGAGGACCCCUCUCUCCCCUCUACCUCCUACCCCUGCCUGCAGCUCUCCCCAUUCUUGCUCUUCCUCAGGUGUACCUGCUGCUGACUCUAGCAUCCAGUUGCAGAAUGAGGAAGAGGAAGCCCAGGAGUACAUCGUGGACUUUGUCAAAAGCACCAGAAGAGAUCAGGAGUCGAAGAUGAAGUUUCUGGCCUCCAUCAGCCUGCUCUGCAGAGCCUCACUGCAGGGAAGGUACCAAAGCCCAACAUCCCAUGAGCUGCUGAAGAAACUGGAGGCACUAAUGCAAAAGGAGGCCUUUGACAGCACGGACACCAUGAUGUGGCAGCAAGCCCUGCUUGCCACCGCUGCACUGAGUGAAUACAGGGAAAACCUGCUGGACAACCACCUCUACAAACACAUAGGUGGCACCUUCAGUCUUGUUGCAAGUGAGACGAUUAGCCAGCGUACUCCAUUCUAUGAUCAGAUCCUGAAAACUCUGGACAGCGUGCUGGAGGUGCUGAUAUGUGGUGCUUCACAGAGAUCCUGCAUCUUCAUAACAGAGAAAAUAUUGCAGGCUCUGCUGCCCAUCACGGCAUCCGAGGACACGGCUAAGCGCCGGAAGUCUGUAGAGUGGACUGUACGCCUCACCAACUAUUUAUCGCCCUCUUCAAUGCUGCAGCACUUGAAUGAAAGACACAGCAUGCAGUGCUUCUCCAGAAGCAAGCCUCUGGAAUUCCUAGGGCAGGCAAUAGGGUACCUUGCCCUGUCCUGUGCUGAGGAGGACCAGGAGAUCAGCUGCAGGGCUUUCCAGGCGCUGUGUAACUUCAAGAGGUUUCUUCUGGUGCGACAGAGCUGCUCUGCAAAAUAUGAGGAUGCACAGAUCCCUCUGGAGCAGGAAGGCACUAACACCUCGUGGCCUAUGGAGCUCAGUGAUGAAAUAGUGGCAGCCGGGAGCUUCUUACUCCCGCAUGAGAGGUACCACUUAGUCCUCAUAGUCUUGAGGAACGUGGCACAAGAAAGAGUCUCGAACAUGCAGGUGAUUGCCAACACGCUGAAGCUAGUCUUGUCACAGUCAUGCCUGAAGCUGACCAAGGUGGACGACCUCGUGCAGAUCAUCUACAGGCAGCUGAUGCUUGUCACCAGAAGGUCGCUGCGGGACAUGCUGAUGCAGACCCUCCUCCAAAUGGCCCAGCUGCACUCUUGGGAUGUGACCACUAGCCUGCUGCGUAUUUCCAUCACUGGGGACAUAGACACGUCCCUUCAGCUUCAGGGGAAUCCUAGGACCUCUGGGAACUGCCCAGACAAAACUUGUUAUGGCCAAGAUGGCCCCACUGACGCUCAGCUCUGUCAUCACGCCACUACCGAGGCCAUGUGGAACACGCUGGUAUGUGAGCCCAGCGUUUCGGGCGCAAUACUGAAGUCGCUGCUGCUGAUCCAGCACACGAACAUGGCGCACAACACCUUCGGCACAAAAUGCAACUGCCACUUACUGCUGACCGUAGCUAUAGUCAUGCGCAUGGUCUUCCUGGUGCCCGCCAACCAAAGCAACAUAAGGAAACUUUUAGAGGAGCUCUUCAUGGCAGUGGUCUUGCAGAUCUCCUUCACCAUGAAGAGACCAAAGGAGGGCUGCUGCUGCUUUGAGAUCUGGAAAAAGGAGGCUGAGGAUCGUGUAGUCAACCGUCGCAGGUGCAUGGUGAGGACCAUGCAAGCUUUCUUCCAUUUUCUGGGUGGUGACUCCCUGGUUGAAGACAUCAAAGGGAAGGCUGCCUGGGACAUGCUCAUGAGCCCCUGCGACUACCCCACUGGAAUCAGGGUGCUGAGUAGAGUGCUGAAGCAUAAAGAACGGGUCUGCUGUGCCUCCAUAUGUGAAGAGGCGGUUGGAACCAUACAAUCCUAUGAGGACAUCUGUGCCAUUGUUGUCUUCACUGAGGUGGGCCUGGUGGCAAGUGUUUCCUCUCCAAGAGCAGGCAGGGGGAAGCGGGGCUGCAUGCAUGAGGCAGAGGGGAGGUGGCAAGGGUUCCACUGCCUCCCAUCGGAGCGCUGCCCAGCUCUGGUGCCUUGCCCUGAGCCUUCCCUGAGCUCUGCUGCUGUGCUGGGCUCUUACUCUGCUCCGGGUGUGUUUCAGCUCCUGGACUGCAGCAGGUUUAAGACUGCCGAUAGCCUCGUCCUGUAG